CGAACUUUUACAGUUUGAAAAACCAGAAGGAUAACACUUUUAGGCUGGAAAUAAAAACAUCGAGAGGCCAACAAACACCUUCUUUUUCCCUUAACAGAGAAUAGCCUUUAAAUUAUUAAUUAAUUAUUUAUGUAUUCAAAGUUGAUGGCUUUGAUCAUGAUGGUGAUGACCCAACUUUAGUCUCUUCACCCUUUUUUUGUUUUUUACUUUCUCUUCUUCUGAUACAUCAGGUUCCUUCGAUUUGAGCCUUUAGGAUUUCCUUGCUCAUGAUGAUCUGUUUCUCUGACAUUCAGAGAAAAAACACAAAUAUCUGGGUAACUUUUGGGAUCUGAGGAAAUCGGAAUCCAAGUUUGCUGAUCUUUCUUCUCAAAUGGGUUCUUCUUCGGACAAGUUGUUCAACAGAGAGAGGACAUUACAUGAGAUUCUGGGAGGAGGCAUUGUUGCAGAUGUGAUGUUGUGGAGGAAGAAGAAUGUGAGUGUUGGUAUAGUUACAGUGACAAUAGCUUCAUGGAUGGUGUUUGAGGCAUUUGCUUACACUAUCUUUACUCUUAUUUCGAGUGUUCUUCUUCUCUUGCUUUCUAUUCUCUUCCUCUGGUCCAAAUCUGCUUCCAUUCUCAACAGGCCAUCACCGCCAUUACCGGAGUUUCAAAUAAGUGAAGCGAUGGCGGAAGAAGCUUCGAUAUGUUUACGCCUCCAUGUGAACAAACUACUCCAAGUUUCGCAUGACAUUGCAAUGGGAAGAGACUCAGAGUUGUAUACCAAAGUAGCAGUCUCUCUGUUUCUCAUCUCAUUAAUCGGAAGCCUCAUGGAUUUUCAGACACUUUGCCACACCAGCGUUUUGGUGGUUAUGACGGUUCCAGCUGUCUAUGAGAGAUACGAAGAUCACAUUGAUGGAUCUAUACUGUUUAUCUGCAACAAAGCUAAAGAGCUUUACCUUAGAGUCGAGGUAUUGGCUUUUCCAGAAAAUAAGAAACUGAGCUGAGAUGCUAUCACCUCUUUCUUCUUCAAGAGUUUCUUCUUCUGUCUUUUCUGAUUUCUCAGUUUUGCGGAAAGAAAGGGAGAAAAUGUAUGAUUUUUGAUAAAUGUUGGAAUGGUACAGCCAAAAUAUGAGCAAUCCAAAGAAAUUUUAUUUCACAGUUU